AUGAGGAGUCAAUCAAGUGCUGAAUUUGAAUUCCCAAAAAUUUGUCUGUUCCCACCUUUAUACACAAAACAACCGAAUCAAACAGUCCAACAACAACAAUUAGAAUCAUGGAAUAUAGUAAUACUACAAUAUUGUGAAUUUUAUAAAAUCAAUACCUUGACCAUGGAAGGUGUCCCAAAACAUUCUCAAAUCUCAUCCAUAAACAUAUCUGACUUACCUCCGCUAUUUCAUAAUAAAUUCAUUAGUCGACAAGUCAAUACUGAGUUCAAAAAUUUAAUAAUUACUAAUUUAAUUCGCAGCAAAAAGGCUGACUACAUUAAUCCAAAGAAACCAGAUAUGGGACUAUAUAUAUAUUGGAGAAGUAUAACUGAAUGGGGCAACUUAAUAUAUGAAUAUAUUAAUGAAACUGGUCAAAAAGGUUCUGUUUUGACAAUAUACGAAUUAACAAAGAAUGAUGAUGAUGAUGAUGAUGUUUUAAACAAUGGGUUGCCCCUGGAUUUAAGAAAUUUGGAAGAAUCUCUUUUAAUUAAAGUUAUACGAGAGUAUUUGGUAAAACAAGGUAAGGCUCAAUUGUUGAUGAAUGAAAAUAAUGAAAUUGGUGGAGUCAAAAUUGUUUAA